AUGCUUACUUUUAUUAGUAGAUUAGGAUACAAUAUAACUUAUCAGAUUAAAGAUUUACAAUUACAUAUUUAGAUCCUCAACAAUAUUAUUGACAGUUAAAACAAUAACAAUUCAUUUUAUAUUCUGGACAGAAACUAAAAUAUCAUACAUUAGGUAUUUGGAGUUUAAAAAAUAAAAUAUGAUUUACAAAAUUUACAAAAAUUCUCAAAACUAAAUACAAAAUUUGUUCAAUUCUUUUUGAAUGACUCAUUACCGUUAUAUGAUAACAUAAAUUUGAUAAAUAAUAAAUAUUUGAUAUUAAGUAAAAUAGUCAAUCCGAGUGUGAAUGAAUAUAUUAUUGACAUUUCAAAUUAUUAAUAAGUUUUAUUUUAUACUUAUAAUUACAAUAAUUUUGAUAAUUUUAGCAACUUUUAUUACAUAUAAAAGAGAAAUUUAUUAAUAAUCUAAAAAAUUCCUCAAAUAUUUGAUUUAUCAUAGGGUAAAUAGCUCAUUUAAAACAUCUAAGAUUAUUCAUUUUCAUUAGAAAAUUUUAUCAUAAUAAAUGAUGAUUUCUUAGCAUAUGUUGCUUUAAAUAAAUAACUUGAAAAUAUUCUCUACUUAAUUGAUUUAUAACUUAUUAAAAUUGAGCAGGUUUUUAAUUUUGAAUAAUAAACCAUAAUAAAUUUUUGGAUAACUAAUAACUAAUAUUAACCAUUAAUAGCUUUAAACGACUUAAUAUAUAUCUCCAUAAAUUCGAAUAAAUAAUACUAACCAUUUUCAUUAAGUAAAAAAUAGUUUAUAUAUUAAUUGGAAACCCUUUAAAUUAUUCCAUUAAAAUGUAAAUCUAUUAUUUACCAAAAGACAGGAGAGAUAUUUACUUUUUAUUACUCAAGCAUUUACAUAUAUUCAUACAGCUUGUAAUUUUAGAUGGUUAUAAAUACAGGAAUAUAAUAUCCAUUUUUAAAUACAAAUUUUUUGGAUUUAGUUUAUAGUGAACAGUAUGUUUUCUAUUACAAUCAAAACUAAUUUUAUAAAUUUGAUAUGCAAUUGAAAAAGAUCUUUUAUAUUAAUGCUGAUUCAGAUUCAUUUAAAUAUCGUAAGCAAUAAGUUAAUUUCUACAUUUUUGAAAGUAGUUCCUUUAUAAAAAAAUCAUAAAAUAUUAUAGAUACAGAUAAUAUGAUAGUUAUUAAAAACUAAUAGGAAGAUAAUAUUUAUUUAGGAAAUUAAAAAAUUGAUGAUGACACCUAAAUUGAUAUAUUUGAGUCAUAGAAUGGUAUCUAUUGGCAUAUUAAUUUAUUUAAUCAUCCUUUUAGCACACUAAACUUGACAGAAACAUAGUCCAUAUAAGAUAUGAUAAUUGAAUAGAAUAAAAUAGUUAUUUAUGAUAGUAGAUCUAAUUAUCUAAUAAUAUAUGAUGCUACUAAAUUAAUCUAAGAAUUUGUUUAAAUUCAAUUAGAUUUUAGAUUUGAUCUUACUAUAACUAUGCUUGAUUGGGAUUAGUGUAGCUUUAUAUGGAUAAGUAAUAGCACAAUAUAUCUUUUUAAUAAUAAGCAAACAUCUAAACAUUAAAUGAUAUCUAAAUUAGAUUCUGAAAUUAUUGAAUAUUAGGUCUGCAAAGAUUAAAAUAUAAUAAUAGUUAAGACAGUAAACUUAAUUAUUUAUUCAGUCUCAAUUAAUAAUAGGACUUCAAAAUAAAUCAAUAUUAGUUUUUUGUAAUCUUACUCAGAUUUGAAAUUUUAUCUCUAAUGUGACCAAAAUCUUGUAAUAGUUUAUUAUCCAUAAGUUAAAAUAUUUGAUUUUGUAUCAGGAGAGGACCAAAGCUCAUUUAAUCCUGAUUUUGGUUUUGAUUAGUUCGAAAAUAACUUACAAAGCAUCCCUUUGAUAAACAGAAACCUGCAAUUGAUUGUUUAUCUUUAUGAUUAAGUAAAAAGCUUUUUUUAAUUAGGUAGCUAUUCAGAUUCAACAUAUUUAUUUGAAUAUAGAUUUAAUAACACUAUAAUAAAUUAUGAUAUUCAAAAUAAAAUUUUAGUAGCUACAACUGGAGAAGCUUAAGUUAUUUAUGUAGUUGAUAUCCCUGGUGAUAGUAAUUUUUUUACAUACCAAACUAUUAGUGAAUUUGCAAAAGAUUCAUCUUAUUAUUAUGAGGAGGAUACUAGUAUAGUUGUUAUAGACUAUACUCCUAUGAUAUAUCUCAUUAAUUAUAAAUUCAGAUUAUUUUAAACUUUUAAUACUGAUUUCUAAAAUGCUAAAGGAGUACUUAUAGAUAAAGAUAAAAAGAUAGUGAUAAUUUAUUCAGAUAUAGUUAUAUCAUUCUUUUAAUAUCCAGCUAUAUAAUUUAUUGAAAGUUUUUCUGUUGGUUAUUAACAAAUUAAUGCUGCAAUAUAAAACUUAUAUUUGAAUAAUUUACAAUCAAUUCUUAUUGUUUUAACUUAGAAAUAGAUUAUAGCAUUUGAUUUAACAGAAGUAUUGUAUGCUAGUGAAACAAACUUACUCUAUUAUUAAAAUAUUCAAGCAAUCAUUUUGAAAGAUAAUUAUUAAGUUUAUUACAGUAUUGUUAAUUAAUCUUUGAACUUGUACAACAAUGAAUAACUUGUUGAUACUUUAUUGUUUGAAUUAGAGCUUUAUAAUAUUUACCCAUAUUUUACCUAACCUAUACUAAUAGAUGAAAAUAAAUUCAUAUUUAUUCAGAACUAAUAUUUAAACAUAAAUAAAGUUAGUUAAUCUACCAGAUAAUUAUUUCUUUGA